GUUUUGCUCACGUCACUUGAAAGGUAAUUGUCACGUGCGAGACCCCAAUGGAAAAUUGUAUCUUGAAGCGGGUUGCCUGCAGAGGUGAAAUCCCCCUCUUUUCUCUAAUAUCCAAACGAAGAUGACCAAAGCUGCUUCGGAUAAGAACAAGGCUCUCGCCGCCAAGAAGGCUGCCUUGAAGGGUGUCAACGGUCAGAAGGCUCGCAAGAUCCGCACCUCGACCACCUUCAACCGCCCCAAGACCCUCAAGCUUGCUCGCAACCCCAAGUAUGCCCGCAAGUCUGUCCCUCACGUCCCCCGUUUGGACCAGUACAAGGUCUUGAAGGCUCCCCUCAACACCGAGUCCGCCAUGAAGAAGAUCGAGGAGAACAACACCCUCGUCUUCCUCGUUGACGUCAAGGCCAACAAGCGCCAGAUCAAGGAUGCCCUCAAGAAGAUGUACGAUGUUACCGCCCUCAAGGUCAACACCCUCAUCCGCCCCGAUGGCAACAAGAAGGCCUACAUCAAGCUCACCGCUGAUGUCGAUGCCCUCGAUGUCGCCAACAAGAUUGGAUUCAUCUAAAUGCGUUCAAUAAACCUCUCUGCUGCGCGCGCGACGUUUUCCGUGUUGGCAACUUUGAAAUUACACAUUUCACAUCUGUCAUCCCUUUCAACUGUCUUUAUCUAUCUGUAUAUCUGCAUGUCUGCCGGUUCUGUUCGGCCUUGAUUUACUUCUGGGUUUACGUAUUUCGUACUUGAUCGUACAGCGGGCAAAAAAAAAAAAGAAAGAAAAAAAAGAAA